AUGUACUGCUUAAGUUUCCUCUCACGUGGGCGUUGGCUGCCUCUUCUGAGUGCUUUGUGUGCUCUCUUCUUCUUGGGCCCUAAUUCUGGUGUUGUGGAGGAGGCGAAUGCUCAGUUCUACUACGGCUGGCCUAGUGGAGGUCGCUACUGGGGCCGCGGGAGAUAUGGCUACGGAUGGGGUGGAUACAGCCCGUAUGUGAGCUAUUAUAACCCCUAUGGCUACGGCUACGGCGGCUUGGGCUACGGUUACGGCUGGGGAAACCGCUACUGGUCACCAUACACCAGCACCUACCCCUACUAUGGUACCUUCCGCUACCUCCGUCACCUAGAGAACAAACAGAAGCGCAACAACGACGGCAACAGGGACCUCGGCAAAGCAAAACGCGUUGCUGCUAAUGGCGCAGUACCUCUGCCUGAUAUCUUCUUUGAAGGAGACCCAGAGAACCCCGAGGGCCCCCAGCCCUUCAGUGACGAGUUUCUCGAUUCUGAGGACGAUGCAGUACUCGUCUCACUCCCCGUCGUUGGAAAAGCCAACAAGCAAGAUAGCGAGACAGAAGCAGACUCGGGAUCGGAAACAGAGACAACAACUGCACCACCAUUAUCAUCUGACGAAGAAGAGGAAGGAGUGACAGCAACAAGUUCUGCCUCUCCGGAAUUGGAGGAUGCAACAACGGCAUCUACCCAGGAGCCUUCUUUUCUUGAGACUACCACCUCAACAACAGUAGCACCUGCAUCCUCAUCUGAAGAUUAG